AUGGAGAGGCUUGAUUGCAAGAAAAAGAAGCUGCGACGGCUAGACGGCUACUUGGCUACUUUUGGUCUAGAGUAUGCCACAAUAAAGAUCUGCGCGAAAAUCGAUGUGGUGUACUGGCGGAUGACACGUCGAAGACAUCAACAUCCUGCACCGCCAUCGAAAGUGGUUACAAGAAAUCGUCUUCGCUUCUUUGGUCAUAUAUUAAAGAGACCAGCAGAUCGCCUUGUCUAA